AUGUACAUGAAAGUGAUUGUUUUGUUGUCAUGUUUUGCAUUGUGCAAAACUGAGGAAUAUUACUAUCAUGGGUAUAAUGUGACUCGAUCUACAUUAUCCGGGAUAGCAGCUUACCGUUCAUCAUUGACCCUGGACUGGUUGGCUGCCGAAGACUCGAGGCAACGAGAACUGGCUGUGGCCUUCGAAACUGAACCACCAUCUAUAAAAGUUAUUAAUUCAGACUGUAUGAGCUACCCGCGACCGACUGCAGGCAAAAUCGGCAGGCUUAUGCUUGAAUUGUUGAAAAAUCUAGAAGGAGAUGAUAGCGCAUUAGUUCCUGAAUUGGUCCAAGUAUUGAAACGUGCUAAGCUGCUGGUUGAAACAUCGAUCUUUGAAACUGAACCCGAUUUGGAUUCUCUGGUGAAGACUCCCUCUAUGAUGAUGGGUGAACCUCAUGCGACCUUCCCAAAGAUCAUCGCUGUUAUAUGGAUGUUGAUAACUGACCCUUCGUUGACCAGAAAAUAUGGCUGGUGUCCCAUUAAUACGAUGAAUGUAUAUCUGUCAAACGCCAAGCCACAUGAGAUCGCCAAACGCAUGCGGACUCUAGAAUUGGUGAUGGCGCGAGCUCGCUUCAUCAUGGAAGACUUCAUACAGAACAUAACGCCCAUGAACAUGUAUCAGAAAGUCACACCGCCCAAGAAAAAUAAGCCGGCCCCUACAGACACGACUACACAGAAACACGCAAUGAAACCUCGCGCUCAUCAAAAAUGUCAGUCCUUAGGAGAUGACUUGGAGGAAUUGACACCAGAUUUUACUCUGGAGGACAGGUGGAUGUACAGGAACUCCAAGGGUUCGGAGAUCAGGGAGCCUUGUAUGGAGAUCCAUCCCUCCACCAAGGAUAUAGUCAAGCGUUUCCACGCUAUAUUGACAUAUUUCGAUAAGGACCAUUCGAAUAAGGAGUUCCUUCACAAGUACCGAGCUCGUGUGUACGGGAUGUCGGAAGGUGAGGAUCCUCUCGACAGAGAAGCAGCAUACUACGCAGCUGUUCUCACACCUCUGGUGUUCUUUCAGAACUAUAAGGAUACCUGGUGUUUAUUGCAACGGUUCUAUCGGGCAUUGCGUUUAUUUCAAAUUUCUCAUCCAACUGAAAAGCGCUCUGGCCUCAAGUUGCUUCAGAACUUUAGGGCUGUGAAUCACAAGAUCCGUCUGUUUGUGUUCGAGUUGCCCCUUCCAUCGACUCGCGCUCAAUCCACGUCUUCUUACCCUGAGUUGGAUGAAGAAGAAUUCAAUGAUAAAAAAGACAUUCGGCUCGUUAAAGAGCUCGUUAAAAAUCUUGGAUGA